AAAAUGAAGGAGAUGAACUAUGGAUCAAGUCAGAGAAACAAUUGAAAUGCUACUCCAAUUCAAGGGGUUGGGAGUUGUUGGAGAAUGGAAGAACUUGAGAUGAUCAAUUGCUACUCUCUUUGACUUAGUCCUUGUAACGAUGUCAUCUGUACUAUUUUAUUCAUCACCAGAAGCAGAUUUAAGUUUCUUUAAUGCUUCUCACACUCGGAAAUUCCGAUGCUGGAAAUAUUCCCACUUGUUUGAUGCCAAUUCCCACAUUGAAUACUACUUUGCUACUGAUUUUCUCAUAAAUUAAUCACCCCCAAUUAGCUCAUCGUUCUCAACUGCUCUUCCAUCAGUCCCUUUCUGCUUCAGAUUUUAAAUCCAAAUGCCAACUUUGAGUCUCCAAUCAAACAUGCAUGUCCCUUUCUGAUGCUAAAUAUUUUACUCGAGAAUUCGAGCAACCUCUCUUGUCAACCCGCGUUUAAGGUCGUUUUCAGACGUAAAAUCUAUAUACUAUACAAUCAAGGAGCAAAUUAAACCAGGUGACUUCACUUCACAUGCCAAACAAGUAAUAAAAACCAUAGGUUAUCUGGUGAGAAAACGAUGCGAUUCUAUUCGUUCCUGACUCGGAAAACAUUGUUAUUGCCGUUACUAUCUCUGCUACGCUCCUGUUUUCAUUCUCCAUUAUAGUUUGGUUGCUGCAAAGUUCAUUUCUUGCUCGACUUUCUUCUUCAGCAAAAACUUUUGAUUGUUUCAUGCCUCAUGCCUGGUCUUGAAUUGAUGUUGUUAUGAGAGUUGUUGUGUGUUUUCUUCGGUUUCAUCUCCUGUUUCCAGCGUGCUCGUCUCUUCUUUGGUGCUGUUUAUCGACCUAAACGGAUCCUUCAAUUUAUGGGCAGGGAAAAAUCAGUAGCAACCAUGGCAAAGAACAAUGAGAAACUGAAUGGAGGAAUGGAGGGGUCCAAAGAAGAAGAUACGAGAACCACGUUAAUCGGUCCGUCAGCAAAAUCAGUAACAGAAAAUGGCAGACCGAGCAGCCUGGUUAUUAAGAGAACCCAUAGAGUAAUUCCUGCUCACAUAGUUGCCGAAGCCAUAUCAACGCUCCACGGUCUAGACCUUAGGUGGUCUGGGCCAAUAACUCCUACUGAAAUGCAAUAUGUGGAACAAUACGUCCUUGCUAAGUACCCGGAGUACUCAAAUGCCCUUGUUGAAGGAGGAGAAAAGACUGAUCUCUAUGACCUCUGCAUUAAAGAAAAGCUCUCGGAACCCCAGCCAGAUGACAGGAAGAAAUCACCUAGAGGAGUCUCCAGAGAAUCAUUUACGCCUUCCUUCGGGAGCAGCCAUCCUGAUCUUGAGAACACACAGCUGGAACCAUCAAGAUUGCUUAGUAUCCUCACAAAGAAAUCCUCCUUUGUCGGUAGCUUCAUCUCGAUUCCUGAAAUUCAAGCUCGAAACAAGGUGCUCAAACACUGUGGACUACCUGAUGAGGAGUAUCUUGUUCUGUUCACUCAAAGCUACAAGGAUGCAAUGAUGUUGGUUGGAGAAAGCUACCCGUUUUUCAAGGGGAAUUACUAUCUGACAAUUAUUGGGGAAGAAGCUGAUUACGUGAGGGAAUUUGCGAGCUACAAGGAGUCGAGAGUGAUUAUGGCGCCAGAGAGUUGGUUGGAUUUGAGAAUAAAGGGAUCACAACUCAGCCAUUAUUUCAGAAGGAAGUGCAAGCACACUCCCAAGGGACUUUUCUCGUACCCGGCUGAAGUGAACGGGACUCGGUAUUCUAUGCAUUGGAUAUCAGAAGCCCAUCGCAACUCAUGGCACGUUCUGCUUGAUGCUACUGCAUUCGUGGUGGGAGAAGAUCGGCUCAAUCUCGCACUCCAUAGACCCGAUUUCGUGCUGUGCAGUCUUGAUAAUGCGCAUGCUUCCAAGGUUACUUGUCUCUUGGUAAGAAGAAAAUCCUUCGACAUGUCCGCAUCCUCUACUACACAACACGAAUGAAGUUGUGAUACCACCGAAUACACAAUGUUCCCACCAG